UUCUAAACCCCACCCCACAGCCACCAAACCCGCUGUAAAUUGCUGUAAACGGUGGAUGUAUAAAAUGGGCGAAUGUGGGCUCCUUACAGAUGUGUUAGAGACAGCACUCUCGGUGUUUUAGGGAAGCAGUUAGUGAAAUGGAGGAAUAUUAGAGUCAUAGAGAACCACUGGCCUUCGCGAUGGACUCGGUCAAAAACAACUCUUCCAAAUGUUGUUACAUUUCAACCCGCCAGAUACAGAUGCAGCCUCACACGGCAGUAAUACUGUCUCUGGCUGACUCGGCUUACGGUCACAAUGUUUUGAUCCGUAUUCUGUGCACGGCGGGGAGGUGCUAACAGGCCGCAGGGGGACGGAGCGCGGGUGCAUGCACAUUUCAGCUGCUGAAACACAGUAUGGAGAUGUAGGAGAAUUUACAACCAGGCCCAGCCCGGAGAACAGGCCUUUCCGCGAGCUGGCGAGCAUAGGCUUUCCUUCUCUCGGAACAUCGUCUAUCCACGAUUUUACUCUGCCCCGAAUCUAAAGUGUGGUUUUAUAGUUAACGCGCACAGGACUGAGAUUGGGGCAUCGUGCAGUCUCUGGAAUCCCAACGAACACGAAGGAAAAGCAACCGUGUCGUGACUGCGAAUCACGUGGCGAGAGCUGAAUGCGCAGGGUGUGUCCUGCAGUGACGGUGGAACGUGGGCUGGCGCGGCAGCCGAGAGCCGGACGAUGGGAUCGGCAUGGUGUGCGCUGGAAAGCCUGAGUGGGACUCUGGCAGAGGAAUGGUGAGGGCUGGAAAACCCGGAGCAGGAUUCUAGCGGAGGCAUAGCGAAGGUUGAAAAACUCAGAUCGGGACAGCGGAAGUGAAAAGGUGUAGUUUGACCCAUUGCAGGUGGGGACACUUGAGUGAAAUCUCUGAUUGGACAAUGCAUUGUACCCAGCCUAGCGAACAAGUCAAUGACCAAGAAAAUGGCAGAUUCGAGGAGAAAGCAACAAAUAUCAUUUUCAAGUGUUCUUCAGAACCAGUUUGCCCACUGGAUGUCAGAUUUACCAGAAAAGCUAUGGGACAAGUCGCUCUGCAAUCUGGCGAUUCCAGGAAGCCAUGACUCGAUGACCUAUUGUUUAGAUUUAAACUCUCCGAUCAAACCUUCAGAUAAGAUUUUAAACUAUUUGGAUCAUGUAAUUCCCUGUAUCAUUCGACCAGAGAUAUAUAAAUGGUGUAGGACACAGGAAUCCAGUAUAACUGAACAACUGGAAGCAGGUAUUCGGUUCUUUGACUUAAGGAUCGCUCAUAAACCAAAUGAUACUUCAGAUAAUUUAUACUUUGUACAUGGGAUCUUCACAACUGUAACUGUCCUGGAUACUUUGAAGGAAUUUGUACUUUGGCUGGAAGCUCAUCCUAAGGAAGUGGUAAUAUUGGCCUGCAGGUCCUUUGACGGGAUGAAUGAGCAACAACAUCAGGAGUUAAUUCAGGAAAUAAAGAACGUAUUUGAGUCCAAAGUGUAUCCAAAAACCUCUGUUGAACUGGCAACACUAAGAAGGCUUUGGGAGUUGGGUUGCCAAGUCAUCAUCUCCUAUGAUGACGAUAUUGCAAAACAAUAUCCGGAACUUUGGCCUGGAAUCCCUUAUUGGUGGGCAGACACAUAUGAUCCUAAAUUGCUUGUCCAGUUUCUAGAAAACCAGAAACAGGCUGGACGACCAGAUGGAUUUUUCGUUGCUGGUAUAAACCUGACUGAAGAUUGGUGGUACAUCCUUACUCAUCUUCACAGCUCUUUGAAGAGACUGACUUUUCCUAACUAUCCAUAUUUGAGUGACUGGAUUAAGAAGCAGGUCGCAGGACCAGGAGAGCACUGUUUUAAUAUAAUUGCUGGAGACUUCAUAGGAGCUGGCUACCUAGUACCUGCUGUACUUUCGCUCAACAACAUACUGAUUUAAAAAUUGGCAAAUUUUACUGAAAAAAAACUGGAAGGUAUUUUUGUGAGUGACCGUAAAAUGUCAUCUUGGCUUGGUGAACUCCUGGGAUGAGAAUUCAGGCAUUUUGCAUUGCUUGGCUGUAUCAACCUGUAGGCAAGUAAUGGCUCAAGGUGAGAGCUGCCUGCUAAUCAGGUGGUGGCAGUGCUGAGACUACUGACAACUGGCACACCCACCCUCCCCUCCAGAAAGAUGGGCUUACCUUCAAAGCUGACAAACCCUGGUGAAGGACAUAUGAAGUGGGGCCAGAUUUGAGAGAGUGGGAGAACUGUUUUUGCUGGUGUGGGCUUCCUUUGGGAAAAAUGUUAGAAUCAUAGAAUCCCUACAAUGUGAAAGCAGGCCAUACUGUCCAUCAAGUUCACACAGACCCUCUGAAAGCAUCCUACGCAACCCUAACCCCGUCCCCAUAACCUAUCCCUGUAAGCCUGCACAUUUUUGGGCUGAGGGAGGAAAUUGGAACACCAGGAGGCAGACACGGGGAGAUUGUGCAAACUCCAUACAGUCGCUCAAGGGUGAAAUUACCUGAACCAGAGGCACUCGCUCACCCCAGCCUGGCAGUUAAGGCCUCCAGGAUGAUUGGUUCUGUAACUUUCUGCCAAAUUCUUAAUGGCUGCUGGAGAAGGAACGUAUGUAGGCAUUAAUCGGCCAGUGAAGUGGCUUUAACCAUUGGAAGGCAGGUCACACUGACACCUCUCCACUGUGGGUAAAGUCCCAGCAGUGGUAUAAGCUACUGACAUGAUGUCCUACUUUACGUCCAGUCUCCCACUCCCUUCAACCUGUCCAACGAAGUGCAAAUUUCCAGCCUAAGUCUGUAAUUUGCAGUUAAACUUCAAUUCCAGGAAUAGACUUCAUAACCUAAGACUGACCAAGUGCUCUAUUGUUGGAUUUUCUGUAUGGUGGAUGAGAUGUUUGUUAUGGCCAGUUUAAGCUUAUUCGGAUACACCUAAAAAAUCCCAUGGCACUGCCUGGGCAUGUGCAGAGGCUUCCGGGCCACCAUCAGUUUCGUCAAGUCAUAGAAUCAUGCAGUCCAGUAGGAAGCCAUUUGGUUCCAUUGUGUUGCAUUAGCUUUGUGAAAGAGCUAUCCAACCAAUUACUCCAAAGAGGAUUCUUUAGCCACAAAGCAUUAACUCUCUUUCUCUCUCUUAACACGAUUGGUGCCAGAACAGCUGGGUUUGUCCAGCAUUUUCUAUUUUCUGGACAAUUAAUGCCAUCCCUACUCUUUCCCAAUAAUCCUGCAAUUUCUUUCUCAUUUUAUACAUUAGAUCCAAUUCUCUUUUGAAGGUUACUGUUGAAACUGAUUCUACCAUUCUCGAUGACAGCGCAUUCUGGAAUGCCCUAACUCACUGCGGAAAGAAAGUUCUCCAUUUUCAUAAAAAUAGCUGAAAUGGUGAUUGCUGCAUUUCAGACUUUACUAUAUGCAGAAAGACCACAUUCCUUUGGUUGAAAACUUAAAAUAUAGGCAGCCCAUGUUUUGACUUAGGGGUUUAAAAACCAAUGAAUGGCAAGAGGUUAGUGCUGUUGUUGUCCUAAUACAACAAAAUGCAUCAGAGAUAAUGGGAACUGCAGAUGCUGGAGAAUUCCAAGAUAAUAAAAUGUGAGGCU